CCCAUUUUCUAGCAGAUUUUGCAACCUUCCUCCAUCUGCUCAUUCUUUCCUCUUCCCGGCAUCAAUCCUCUCCUUUUUCUCACUCGCUGUCACCAACAGCGAAACCGAUCACGCCGCCGCGACAUGGCUCUUUCCCGCGCGGCCUCCGCCUCCCGCGCCGCCCUGCUGAAGCCCCUCGCCGCCGGCUUCCUCACCUCUGCUCCCUCCCCCCUUCGCCGGCCGAUCUCCACCGACACCACUCCCAUCACCAUCGAGACGUCCGUCCCCUUCACCUCCCACAGGUGCGAGCCCCCAUGCCGCUCCGUCGAGACCACCCCGCAGGAGCUCGUCUCCUUCUUCCAGGACAUGGCCAAGAUGCGGCGGAUGGAGAUCGCCGCCGACUCCCUCUACAAGGCCAAGCUGAUUCGCGGCUUCUGCCACCUCUACGACGGCCAGGAGGCUGUCGCUAUCGGCAUGGAGGCCGCGAUCACCAAGAAGGACUGCAUCAUCACCGCCUACCGUGACCACUGCAUCUUCGUGGGGCGUGGCGGCACGCUGCUCGAGGUGUUCGCCGAGCUCAUGGGGCGGCGGGAUGGAUGCUCCAGGGGGAAAGGAGGGUCGAUGCAUUUCUACAAGAAGGAGGCGGGUUUCUAUGGCGGUCACGGGAUUGUGGGAGCUCAGAUUCCGCUGGGUUGCGGACUGGCUUUUGCGCAGAAGUACUCGAAAGACGAGAACGUCACGUUCGCGAUGUACGGAGAUGGAGCUGCCAAUCAAGGGCAGCUCUUCGAGGCGCUUAACAUGGCCGCUCUCUGGGAUUUGCCUGCAAUCUUGGUCUGCGAGAACAACCACUAUGGAAUGGGAACAGCAGAAUGGAGAGCAUCGAAGAGUCCUGCGUACUACAAGCGGGGAGACUAUGUGCCCGGAUUGAAGGUUGAUGGUAUGGAUGCCCUUGCAGUGAAACAGGCAUGCAAAUUUGCAAAGGAGCAUGCUCUGAAGAAUGGUCCCAUUAUCCUUGAAAUGGAUACCUAUAGAUACCAUGGUCACUCCAUGUCAGAUCCGGGUAGCACUUACAGAACUCGUGAUGAAAUAAGUGGUGUGAGACAGGAGCGUGAUCCAGUUGAGAGGAUAAGGAAGCUUUUGAUGUCCCUGGAGCUUGCAACUGAAAAGGAGCUAAAGGAUAUCGAGAAGCAAGUGAGAAAGGAAGUCGAUGAAGCUAUUGCGCAAGCUAAGGAAAGUCCUAUGCCGGAUCCUUCCGAACUUUUCACAAAUGUGUACGUGAAAGGAUUAGGAGCUGAGUCCUUUGGAGCAGAUAGGAAAGAGGUGAGAACUGUGCUUCCUUGAGCUACUCGUGGGAUCCUCUUCACGCCUCUAAAUUCAGACUAGGAAAAUAAGAGGCGCCGAUGAUGCAAGACGACUGACCUUCUCCCAUCUGUUAUUUUGAAUUGUCUUCGGUGUUUGUAUAGGAUUGUGAGUGUUAUUUAGGUUUGUGAGAAGCAGGGCUGCUUCAUUUUGUGCGUUGAGCCAAAGAAGCACUUAGCUAGAACGAUAUGAAUAAGAGAAUUCCUUCCAUACGCCAUAAUCAAUGUAUUUUUGUAAGUAUCGCAACUCACAAGUCGGUUUGAAGUAUAGUUGCAAAUAUGCCCCUCGAGUUGGAAUUCUA